UUCUGAACAAAUUCUUUUCAAGUAAUUAUGUGGUGCCUGUUAUACCGUUUGUAAUUGUAAAGUUGUCGAAUAACGACGUUAUAUUUUAUAAGAAAGACAAAAUAAAUAUAACGGAAAAUAAUUUUUAAAAAAGGACAUAAGAAAAAACUGAUUGGACAUCAAAGAUAAAGAUAUUGACAUGAUGCGUUUAAAUUGAAAGACAAUGCAGUCAAAUGAUGUGAACACAUCACAUGGAAGAAAAGAUUUGUUUCAUUGAUUUAAAUAUUGUACAAUAUAAAAAAUAAUAGCAAAAACUAAAUAACAGUGAGGAGACAUGUGCAGAUGUUACGUAGUACAUUUAGGUGGAUGACAGGUUCUUCAAAUAUGGAUGCAAUUAAAGAUAAUGACAGUCUCACUAUUAGUGAGAUUAAGGACGAAUCUGAAGGUUCUGAUUCCAUAGAGGUGGACAAUUCAAGAACAGUUUUAUUAAAGAUAGCUACGUUAUAUGCCGAACGUCUUAUGAAUGACAUCUGUUUGGUUGUUGAUGGAGUAGAAUACCCAGCACAUCGUCUUAUUCUUUGUGCUUCUAGUGAUGUUUUUCAAGUAAUGUUAAUGAGUCCACAAUGGAGCGAAUCUCAAGAAAGUAGGGUAACGUUACAAGAAACUCCUCAGUGUGCACCUAUAUUUAGUGAAUUUUUGCGAUACUUUUAUACUGGUCAGAUAAGAAUUAAUCAUGGAGUUGUUCUCCCAAUUUUAUCAUUAGCAGAUAAGUAUAAUGUUAAAGAUUUAAUAUCGUUGUGCCUUGACUACAUGCAAGAUCAUAUUGCUUUGGCUGCUAUACAUGGUACAUUAGUAUCAUGGUUACAAUAUACUUCUAAUUGUGGUCACCACGAUAUUACUCAAUCAUGCCAAAAUUUUAUUAAAUGGAAUUUAGAAUUAGUGGCCAAAACUUCAGAUUUUGGAAAUUUUGAUUUGGACAUCUUAGUGUCAUUGUUACAUCAAAGUAGUUUAGUUAUAAAAGAUGAGAUGACACUUUACAAGUGCCUGGAAUCAUGGUUAGAUCAUCAGACAAACAGAUUAAAAACUCAGUUAUUGCCUGAUGAAUUGGAAGCCACAUUAAAACAAUUAGUGGUUGCUGUUAUGUCACCUGUUAGAUUUCCUAUGAUGUCUCCACGACAAUUAGCAGAAUUACUUUUAUCACCCUUAACGAAAAAGUACAAAGAAUUUUUUGUAGAACGUAUGUCCAUUGGAAUGUCCUUUCAUUCUGGACAAAUUGAGAGGGUGAAAGAAGUUUGUUUAAAUGAAGAAGAUGGAGCAUUGUUAUUUGAACCAAGGCUUUACACAGUGGAUACAUGUAGUUCUUUACUUACAAUAGAAAAUUUUCAUGGAUUGCCUUCUUAUCAUACAAGAACGCUUGUGUUCUCCAGCCAUUCCUGUCUGGCAGAAUAUGCUGGUGAUAAGGCAUGUGAAUGGGUUGUAGAUAUUUAUCCAAAAGGUGUUUGGUUUAAAAAGUUUUUUCUUAUAGUUUGGCAAGGCACUGUAGAAAUGCCUGAACAUGUUAAACGUUCUGUUAGAUUGUCUUUAACUUGUAAGGAACCUCCAGUUAAUAGUGAUACUGAUAUGAGAGUAAAGAUAGGUGUUCUAAUAUACGGACUCCAAGAUGGAGUUGAACAUAUUGCAAGAGUGACGGAAAUUAUACAUAGAUUUAGUAAAAAAGAACGAGUUCUCAAUCUGGAUGAUUUAUUACCAUUCGAAGAACUUAAUCCACAACAAGGUUCUGUAACAGAAAAUACAGUAUCUCCAUUCCUAGUUGGGCCCAAUAAAGAUAUACUUAAAUUGCACAUAGUUAUCUCUCCAGCCAAUUAAUAUAUAAAUAUAGAUAUUCUAUUGUACUAAAUACGUACGAGAAAACAAGAAAGAAAUAAUGUUUUUCCUCCUCUUUCUAGGUAAAUAUGUUUUUGAUAUUAUCCAUAUAUUUUUUCUUUAUAAAUUCAAUUUCUUAAUCCAUGCUAUUAAUUGUUGUGGAUGACUAAUAACUGAUGACACAUUAAAAAUAUGAUAUUAAAUGUGCAGUUAGUUAUAUCUUUAAAUUACUAUAACAGAUCAUUUUUGUGUGCUACUAGAAUAAUACAUGAAUUGAUUUGCUUUCUUGAAACAUUAUCUUAUGUUGCAUAACGUAAACAAAUGAAUUUUUUAAAAAUAUGUUAUUAGUAAAAUAUAUAAUUUGUGCAAUCAUUUGUAUCUAUUUUAUCUAUGCAUAAUAAUUUGUGUAUUAUGUAUAGUAAACAGAUACAUGUUGAAGUAUAUAUAUACAUUGAUCUAAAUUUAAAUUUCUUGUUUUAGAAUAUGAUCUUAUAUUUGACUAUAAUAUUGAAAAAAAAAAGACCAAGAAGAGAAAUAAUUGCAUAAUUUAAAACUAAGUUUAUUAUGCGAUUCAAUCUUGUUAAUCCAGUAUCAAAAAAUUUUUUAUUAGAAAUGAAAAUAUUAUCGAUGUAUAUAUAACUCUAUUAAUAAAUAAAAAAACAAUUUUUAGGUCAUUCUUCAGAGCAUUGUGUAAGUUACUUCAAUGUGAGAAGUAGUAUAAGACAUUAAAUCUCUGAUUGUUAUUGAAUGUUGAAUUAUAUAAUUAACUUCUUAACAGGUAUUCCGUAUUCUUCAUUCCCACUUUUUAUGAUAAGACAUUUAUUGAGUUACAUAUGGAUAUAUCUUACGAAUGGAUAAACAUAAUAAGAUCAAAUGCAAAUUCACAUAAUUAGAAAUUUUCGAUUUUUUAUGUAACACUCCUAUAGCUUUAUAAAUAAUUUUAGUUGAAAUGUCUAUGUAGCCAACUGCCUAAAAGAAAAUAAAUCAUAUUUAUAAAAUCAA